AAUACCAAGCCUCUGCCGGAAACUUAGCCGGCCCCGUCACGCCCCUUCCGGCUACACCCCCCGCCAAACUGCGAGGCCACGCCCCGGUCCCUGGGAGUAAAGGUUCCGGCCCAGGCCACGCCCGGUAAUGCCUCGUUCCGGCUCCCUCGCAGCCCUCAGUCGCUUGCCGGCUCCGGCUCCACCCCGUUCCACGCGAGAGCCCGUCCCUUCUGCGGCUCCGCAUCCCUCCCACGGGGCGGGGCGCCCAGGCCGACCCCGCCCCCGACCGCCUAGGUUCGCAAAGCCCGGCCGCCAGAACCGCCCGGCCCCUCCCUCAGCCGGCCGGUGUCCUCGGUGUCCCCGCCGCGCAGACAUGGUGCUCGACUCUCUGUCCGCGGAGGGCGAGCGGUGCUGCCGGCAGCUGUUGAGAGAGACCACGGCCCGGUUCCGCGCUCGGCCCGCGGCGGCCGCGGUGCUCGUGCCGCUGUGCUUAGUGCGCGGCGUCCCGGCGCUGCUGUAUACGCUGCGCUCCAGUCGCCUGGCCGGGAGGCACAAAGGGGACGUCAGAGCCCAAGGACCACACUCCCUGUGCCUGUUCAGUUUCCCAGGCGGCAAAUGUGACCCUGCUGACCAGGACGUGGUGCAUACUGCACUGCGGGAGACCCAGGAGGAGCUGGGCCUGGCUGUGCCCAAGGAGCACGUGUGGGGGGUCAUGCGGCCUGUGUAUGACCGGGCAAAGGCGUCCGUGGUACCGGUGCUUGCUAGUGUGGGCCAGCUGGAUCUACAGAGCCUCAAGCCUAAUCCCGAGGAGGUGAAUCGGGGGAACUGGGCUGACCCCCUGGGGAAACAUACAGAGGCUAGUCCUCUGUCCACCCUCUUUCUCACCCACAGGUGGAGGAGGUGUUUGUGCUGCCCUUGGCACACCUGCUACAGACACAGAAUCAGGGUUAUACCCACUUUUGCCAUCGUGGCCACUUCAGCUACACACUUCCUGUCUUCCUGCAUGGACCACACCGUGUCUGGGGACUUACUGCUGUCAUCACGGAGUUCGCUCUACAGCUGCUAGCCCCUGACACCUACCGAUCACACUUGGUCUGCGUUCAGCUGCCCAAUGACUCAAAGCCUGCCCUGGAGGACUGAAUAAAGUGUCUCUGGCCA